UACUUAUAUCGCCAAGUCGUUCCUCAGAUCUGAGUCUAUCGAUCGUCGGUCGUCCAUCGUGUUGUGCCAGCUUCAAUUGACUUGAAGCAGUUCUUUCUCGACAUAUCUAUACACGCACACAUACAUACCUGUUUUUCCUUUCAGCACUGUUGACUCGGUGCCAACAUGAUAUUCUCAAAGAUGCAAAACAUUACCCUGGCGGCACUUGCCACAUUUAUGGCUUUGGCUCAGGCAGCACCAGGAGUUCGCGUGGAAUCGCGAGAUCUGGCCUUUAAUUACAACUCCGACAAAGUUCGAGGCGUUAACCUGGGUGGAUGGCUGGUCCUAGAACCUUGGAUUACACCCUCACUCUUCGAACAGGCAGGAGAAGGUGCCGUGGAUGAGUGGUGUUUGUCCGGCGCCCUCGGUGCUGAUGCUCAGGGCAUCCUGUCUCAGCACUGGAAUUCAUUCAUCACCGUCGACGACUUUCAUCAGAUCAGUGCCGCCGGUAUGAACCAUGUCCGAAUCCCUAUCGGAUACUGGGCUGUUGUGCCCCAGCCCGGGGAACCUUAUGUUCAGGGUCAGCUUAGUGUGCUAGACCAGGCCAUCAAUUGGGCGCGUGAUGCAGGCUUGAAGGUCAUUGUGGACUUGCAUGGUGCCCCUGGAUCACAGAACGGUUUCGACAACAGUGGACGUCGCGGCUCAAUCAACUGGGAUAAAGUUCCUGAACAAAUCAACGUCACUCUGGAUGCAAUCAGGGCCCUUUCUGAACGUUACGCUACCCAGUCUGAUGUCGUUACUUCAAUCGAGGCGCUCAAUGAACCCAUGACAGUUAUGGGAGAUGCGGGUGUUAACGUCUGGACCUUACAACAAUACUACUAUGACAGCUGGGGACGUCUCAGAGAAGUCAACCAGGAUACCGCUCUAACCUUGCAUGAUGGCUUCCAGGAUAUCGGUUUCUGGAAUGGAUUCAUGGGUUCUGGUUCCGGUGUUUGGAACGUGAUGAUGGACACCCAUCACUACGAGGUCUUUGACAAUGGUCUCCUCUCACUCGACAUCAACGGCCACACCCAGACCGCAUGUUCUUUUGGAGACAAAGUCGCUGCUACCGACAAAUGGACAAUCGUUGGUGAAUGGACCGGAGCCAUGACGGACUGCGCGAAAUACCUCAAUGGCCGUGGAGUCGGUGCUCGAUGGGACGGAAGCUAUGGAUCUGGAAGUACCUUCCACGGCAGCUGUGAUAGAUAUUCCCAGGGUGAAGUCACUGCUCUCCCGGAAGACGUCCGCACCAACCUUCGUCGCUUCAUCGAAGCUCAACUAGAUGCAUAUGAAAAACACACCGGCUGGGUGUACUGGACUUGGACUACUGAGGGUGCUCCUGAAUGGGACAUGAAGCGUCAAUUAGCAGCUAACGUAUUCCCUAACCCAGUGUCGUCUCGUCAAUUCCCUGGACAAUGCUAG